CGCAGAGAAGACGCCGGACCACACGUGUUCCAAAAUGUCGAGCUCCUGCGCUUGAGGCUUGUGUUGAUUCGCUAGUAUUUGCUGUAUAUUAUUAAUAAUAAUAAUAUAGUGUAGAUAUUUUACCUCGGCGACCCGAGAGCGACCGGCUGGGAGGUGAGCAGAGGCCCGGGUCUGUGUACUGAGACUGAAGGAUGGCGCAGAGAAAGAAGAAACUGACUAAGAAGAGGAGGAACACGGGGCACAGGGAGUCUGAUGGAGACUCGGAUGGAGGAGAUUUUGAACUGGCUGCAGAGAUUAAAGACGACAGUGUGGCUGCUGGUUCGAAACUACCCCGCUUUCCUGCCUCAUCAGAUUACCUGUCAGAUGUGGAGCCAGACACUAGAGAGAUGGUUAGAGCUCAGAAUAAGAAGAACAAAAAGUCUGGUGGCUUUCAGUCCAUGGGUCUAAGCUACCCAGUCUAUAAAGGUGUAAUGAAGAAGGGCUACAAAGUUCCCACACCAAUCCAAAGAAAAACGAUUCCAGUAAUCCUGGAUGGUAAGGAUGUGGUUGCCAUGGCCAGAACAGGAAGUGGAAAGACGGCUGCUUUUUUGGUCCCCAUGUUUGAGAGGCUGAAGGCUCCACAGGCUCAAACUGGUGCUAGAGCUUUAAUCCUCACACCCACUCGAGAACUGGCACUGCAAACCAUGAAGUUCACCAAAGAGUUGGGCAAGUUCACUGGGCUGAAGACUGCACUGAUUCUUGGUGGAGACAGCAUGGACGAUCAGUUUGCUGCUUUACAUGAGAAUCCAGACAUCAUCAUUGGUACGCCUGGUCGUCUGAUGCACAUUGUUAUGGAAAUGAACCUGAAGCUGAAUAAUGUGGAGUAUGUGGUGUUUGAUGAGGCAGAUAGGCUGUUUGAGAUGGGCUUUGCCGAUCAGCUUCAGGAGAUCAUCAGACGACUCCCUGAAACUCGCCAGACCUUGCUGUUCUCUGCCACGCUGCCCAAACUGCUUGUGGACUUUGCCAGAGCUGGGCUGACUGAACCAGUCUUGAUGCGACUGGAUGUAGACACUAAGCUUAGCGAUCAGUUAAAGCUGGCAUUCUUUCACUUGCGCUUGGAUGACAAGCCAGCACUGCUGCUGCAUCUGCUUCGUAAUGUAGUGAAACCUCAAGAGCAGACAGUGGUGUUUGUGUCAACUAAACACCAUGUGGAGUACUUGAACCAGCUUCUGACUGCUGAAGGAAUUGAGUGUGCCUACAUCUACAGUGCUCUGGACCAGACAGCCAGAAAGAUCAAUAUUGGCCGUUUUGUCCACCGUAAAGCAAUGGUUCUUCUGGUGACUGAUGUGGCAGCUCGUGGUAUUGACAUCCCCAUGCUGGACAAUGUCAUCAAUUACAACUUCCCUUCCAAGGCCAAGCUUUUUCUGCACAGAGUCGGUCGUGUAGCCCGUGCUGGCAGGAGUGGAACAGCCUUCAGCUUGGUUUGCACAGAUGAAGUGGCCUUUGUUUUUGACCUUCACCUCUUUCUUGGUCGUCCAUUGGUGUUCGCAACCAUUGACCAUCCCCAGGAUGCUGAUGGUGUCAUGGGUCGUGUGCCACAGAGCAUCCUAGAUGAUGAGGAAGCACACCUCUUCACCACCCAUGAUAACUCACAAGACCUCCAGACCCUUAAACGAAUCUCGGAGAACGCUUACAAGCAGUACCUUAAGUCACGACCCAACCCCUCACCUGAAUCCAUUAAACGAGUGAAGUCCACGGAUCUGUCUUCCAUAGCUGUUCACCCAUUGCUGGGGUCAGGACUUGAGAGGGUGGAACUGGAACGAUUGCAAAUGGUGGACUCCAUCAAAGCAUACAAGGCAAAAUCUACUAUAUUUGAGAUCAACUCCAACAACAAAACCAGUGCGAGUGAGGUGAUGCGGACGAAGCGCUCUCGGGAUAGUCGGUUGGUGGACAAGUUUCACAGGACGAGGGAGGAGCAGCUUGCAGAGAGUAAUCUCAAUAAACCAGCUAUUCGGAGUGCUAACACACCAAAACCACAACACAGUGAAGAAGAGGAGGAGGACCUUCAGGGUGUAUUCUCAGAAGUUGUAGGAGGAAAAAGACGGAAAAAGGAUGAAGAAAUGGAGGUGGACAGACCGAAGAGCAAAAAGAACAGGCAGUCUGGUCGAGAUGAGGAAUUUUACAUCCCUUACAGACCCAAAGACUUUAAUUCAGAGAGAGAACUCAGUCUUGCAGGGCAGGGCAACGCGUUUGAGCAGCAGGCUUCCUCAGCUGUGCUGGACCUGAUGGGGGAUGAGGGCAACACACUGAAUCAGCACAAGAGCAUAAUGAAGUGGGAUCGCAAGAGAAAACGCUUCAUUUGUGACACUGGAAAAGAAGAUAAGAAAAACAAGAUAAAAACAGACAGUGGACAAGUCAUCAGUGCCAAGAAAAAGAAGAAGAAUUUCUAUGAGGAAUGGAAGAAGAAGUACAAAGUUGAUGAAGAGGUGUCUGAUUCAGAUGGAGAGAAUGGAGGAAUGAAGGGACAGAAAUUUGGAGGACGGAGAGGACGAAAGGGGCGUGGCUCUCAGCCCCAGAGCAAAAGUGGCUCCAGAAUGAAUUCAGAGCUGAAGAACAGAGAUCAGAUCCUCAAACAGCGAAAGAAGAAGGCCAAGCAACAGUUCCUGCAGAGUGGCGGCCUGAAGAAGCUACGUGGCAAAAACAGACAGCACGUCCAGCAGGUCAUGAAGUCUGGCUUUGGCCGUGGAAGCUUUAAGAAAGGCAAGAUGAAGAAGAGACUGUAAGGAUAAAGUGGUUUAAUGCUGGUCCAAAUUCUCUUCUAGCCAAACAGCUUUGCAGUGGAUUUAAGAUGAACCCUCGUCUUCAUCAGCAGAUCAAGUGAACUGAUUGAAUCGAGUUGAAUGUGACACCCAACUGCCUUAUUUCUCACACCCCUGCUUUUGGCAUUGUGUUGGACAAAAGUUAAAGGACAGUAAUGAACUGGAAACAUUACGUAAUGCAAUGGUAAUAUGGGGUAACAUUAAGACUUUGUGUAAACUUCAAUAGUUAAGCUUUAAACAAAAUAAUUCAGAGUUGUUGAUUUAAGUGAAAUACUCCAUUAUUGCUGACUCUUAGUAGUGAUGGUAUAUUCAGAGUUGAUAUCAGGGCCAGAGUUGAUAUUUGCAAUGUAAUGUUCUUGGACAUUUGAGAGCAUGUUUGUAACCAUUACAGUAACAUGUAAUCUAAAGCGUUUAUAGCUUUAAAAUAUGUUUACACUUAAGAUUAGAGCAGGAUACACAAACGUGUCAGACAAGAGAACUUUAUUUUUCAAAGAUCUUAAGGCGGUUUUGAUCUUUUGAUCAAAGGUACACCUCUAAAACGAUCAGUUAUAAUAGUUUAAAUGACUAAAAUUGUUGUCUAAUGUAUUAUGAUUAUUCUUAGUGUUGUGUCUACAUAGUGAAAAAUUAAUAGCAACUGGUUUACUGCAUGGAUAUGUCUGAAUAUCGAAAAACAGUAAAUUAAAUUUUCCCUUGCCAUGUUCCAACCGAAGAAAAUAUUACUUUCCUACAAUAAUAUUCAGGAGUGUCUUAGAAGUCUCAUGAUUUUCCAUAAGUGUUUUAUUUUAGGAAUGCUUUUGUGAAUCAUGCCACCACCGUUAUGAACAAUUAACAGCAUGUCACAAUAAACAGCUCUGAAUUGUUUUGUUUACAUCUUGACCGUUUAAUUAUACAUGAUGUUGGAAAAAUAGUGAAAAAAAAGCUCCAUUUACAGUGUUGAAAGACCAGUUUACUUCUGUAAAACCAGUAAGGUGACUUAACAUUUAGCCAAUGGUUUGUGUCAAAUUUUGUUAUAUACAGUUUGUACAUGUGUUAUUCUGAGAUCUGUGACAAAUACAGAUGCUAAUGAAACAUA